AUGUCCACGUUCGAAGUGCCGCCCGUACUUCCGUCUCUCGGGCCCAGUCUUGGCGCCCUCGAAAUUGGCGUCUUCAUGGCUUUCUUCCUCUCUGGUAUCACUGCCGUUCAGACGUUCAUAUACUACCAGUCGGACUUUCGCAGCGAUAGCCAUUGGAUAAAAGUCUUGAUAGUAUUCGUACUGGUGGUGGAGAUUGUGCACGAUGGACUCGUCGCCGGCUUCAUCUACAACGCCACCAUCAACGGUUUCGGCGACUUCGCUUCUCUCGAGCUCGCUCCCUGGGCUCUAUCAAGCUCCAUUGCAGUGGGUAGUUUGGCGCAGGCGCCCGUUCAGUUAUUCUUCGCGUGGAGGGUCUACGUGAUGAGGCGAAAGCACAUCUGGAUUACAGCCGUCUCUGCUACUGCGUCGCUGCUUCGAGUUGCAUGUUCAAUCGCUAUUGCGGUACUCAGUCAGAACCGCAGCAUUAUCGUGUCAAUUGAGCGAUACAAGUGGCUCGUGAUCACGACUCUAGCCUCAGGAGCGUUCGUUGACGUGUUGAACACGACGAUGCUCGUGUAUGUUCUGUAUCGCGCCCGCGGAGAAAUCUCAAGGUCGCGGAAGAUGGUCGAGCGCCUCAUGCUCUGGUCCGUAGAAACGGGACUGUUGACAACGAUGGUCAGCAUCCUUGGCUUGAUUCUGUUAUUCGCAUUGCCAGAUACACCGGCCUUCCUCAGUGUAGGAAUGGUGUUCGCCAAACUCUAUUCCAAUACUCUGCUGGCGUCGUUGAACGGUCGCGUUUCUCUGAGAUCCACUGGGACACAGGCGCACGUCAGCGUUCUGACUAUAGCUGGAGAUCACAGCCGGGGUCUGUCAGUUCUACGGGAUGGAGGCUCGGUGCAUCGACCCUCUCUUCACGUCGAGCUGUCGCGACAGAAGGUAAUCGCGAGAGAUUCAGAGUACGACGGGACGGACAACUUCCCACACGAGAUAUCUAUUAAGAGCCCACAACUGCUCGCCGACCAUUUCCCAGAGGAUACUGAGGAUACUGCGAACGAUGCUGCUCACGGUCGUCGGGUAGAGGAAGGCGUAUGA